AUGUCGCUACAAAAAACUUUAAGGUUGAUCCUUUGGAUUUCAUUAGCGAUUAUUCUUUCAAUUCUUUCGGAAUGUUUUAUAGUAGCAGCAGCAGAUAGAGAUAUUAAUAACAAUGGAAACACAUUGUCAGUACUAUCGUCAAUACCAUCAACACCAACAGUAACAGCAGCAGCAACAACAACAACAACAGGAAAAAGUAACCCAUCCACAGCAAAAACAACAGUAUCAGCAAAAAAUAAACCAUCUACAACAAUUGCAACAAUAUCGUCUGCCAAUACUGCAACAAUAUCAUCUGCCAAUACUGCAUCAAUAUCAACAACAAUAACAUCAUCCGAAAAUGCUAUAACAACUCAAGCGACAGAAAGUCAAAUAUCUUCGCAGGAAGAGCAUGUACCACGUAUUGGACCAAUUAUCGCGGCUUCAAGUGUCGCUUUUCUGGUGCUGGUAAUUUUAGUUGCCACUAUUUUCAUGACUAAACGAAGUGCUCAGACAGUUGAUGACUCUGCUAAUAAAGCAUAG